AUGAAAUCAUCCAAGAAUCACUCCAAACGAAAGAAGAAAACUAACUCAAGCUCUUCUAGCAUCUCAAUAACCUCUCCGCUUGAAAAGAAAGCUAAGGAAAAGGAGUGCUCUAACGAUGAGGUAUUCCAAGCCCUCGAUAUGGCCGGCCAUGUUGCUGCUAAGUUGGACGAUAUAACAUCAAAGUUAGACAGACUGAAGUCAAUAGAAGAAACUAUACACAACGUUGCUGGAUCAAUUAAAGCUCUCGAGCAAAAAAUUGAGAAAGUUGAACAGAAUGUCAAAGAAGUAAAACAGGAGCAGCAGGUUAUGGACAAAAGUCUUGAAACAAUGAACAACGAAAUUCAACAGCUCAAAAACGACAGGAAAAGAGACGAAUUUGAAUAUUACGGAUUCCAGGAAGAAAUAAAGUCUGAGCUGAACAAUCUUAAAACGAAAUUAUUGUACGCAGAAGCAUAUUCAAGACGMGAAAAUCUUAAAUUUAUUGGCAUUCCAGAACUAGAUGACGAAGACACMRAAAAGGUUYUACUCAACUUUAUCGACAAUCAUCUGGAGAUUGAAAGUAGCCCUAUAGAAUUCCAGCGAGUACACAGAAAUGGUAGAAAAAAACAAGAUGCGCCAAGAACAAUUAUCGCAAGGUUUCUACGCUACCAAGAUGUUGAAACGAUUCUUCGACAGGCGAAGCUCCUAAAGAAUACCCCCUUCGUUAUUUACCAAGACCUUCCCAAAGAAAUUUUGGACGAGCGUAAAAAGUUAAUGGGGGCUCUUAAAGAAUCCAAAAGACGUGGUAUGAAGGCCCGAUUUAGCAAAGCAGAGCCUGAUAGAUUAUAUAUCGAUGGGCAGUUGUAUCUUACAGGAAAAACGAAUCUAUUUAGCUUCAACGCACCAUAA